GUGUGUAUGUGUGUGUGUGUUUAUUAAGAAUGCUGUACUCGAUGCGUCAUAGCUUCUUUUUGUGACGGCGAGUUUUUAGUUAUUGAUGUGACGGUGUUGGUAGUGAUGGUGGUUGUCACUGGACGAGGCGGAGGCUGUGCACGGAGCGGGUGGGUUACGACGUCACGUUACGCGCCGCCUCUUGCGCAACACGAGGUGGUGAUGGCGUCCCGUGACUGCCAGGUGUGUCUGGAGUCCUACGACGAGGAGAAGAGGAAGCCUCGGUGCCUCAGCUGCGGCCACACCCUUUGCAACUCGUGCAUCGCAGACUGCCUCUCCCGCGGUCCGCUGCUGUGUCCCUUUUGCCGCUUGGCACAUGCCGCGCCCGUCACCUACGCUAGUGACGUGCCUGUCAACUACACGGUGAUCAGCCUGCUGCAGGAUGCCUCCUACCCACUGGCCUCGCAGAGGACGGAGGCACUGCUGGCAGAGGUCAAGAAGGAAGCUAACGAAUUCACCACAAGUCAGCUGGUGACGUGUAACUGCAGACUAACGAGGCUGCAUGACUUCCAGCAGCGCCUGAAUGAACAGUGCAGCGUCCACAGGGUGCACGUGCAGGCCCUCAGGUCGCUGGUGGAGCGCCACGAGGGCCUGCUGCGGGACAUGACCGGCAGGGCGAAGCAGGCCGCCGCCAUCAUUACCAAGGGGGAGGAAAUCAGAUCCAUGUUGGAGUCAGCCCAGGGCAAGGUGAACGGCGCCACUAACCUGCUGGAGGUGACGGCGGCACACGAGGAGGACCGCCGCUACAAGACCACCGUGACGGAAUGGGACGCUGCCGCCCACCACCUGCUGCAGUCCCAGGUGGUCGCAGCGGCCAGGGAGCUGGAGUUUGUGACGGCCGCCGCCCUCCAAGCUGUGGUGGAACGCAGCAUGUCCGCCGCCACCGCCGCCGUCACGCCCACCAAGGCCAUCCAGCCCCCCCUGCUGCAGGAGUCUGCAGGAGAAAGACUGUCGUUAACACAGCAGGUGACGGAGCCCGGUGACACCUCGCAGCUGGUGCUGGAGAUGGUGAAGCAGGCCAGGCUGGUGGGGAGCAGCGUGUGGGCGACCACGAUGAAGAGCGGUAGGCCGCGACGGGCCAGAGUGGACCAGCAGGGUGACCAUCUCUUCCUCUCCGCCCUGCAGGAGGGGGAACCGCCCCUAUACUCCCACACCUUGCCGUACGAGAAGGUGCGGGGCAUGGUGGACGAAGACUACUUGAUGGUGUUCCUGGAGGUGUCGUGGGGCGGGCAGGUGCAGGGCAGAGUUAACAUCAAGCUGACCAACGCAGCCACCAGGACCAGACACUUUUUCUACCUGUGCACAGGUGAGCUUGGCCCCUCAUACGGUGGCACCUGCCUGCUGGAGGUGGAGAAUCGUGGCCAGCCGGGAGAGCGAGUGUGGGGCGGCGACUACCAAGCCAACAACGGCACCGGCGGCGUGGCGAUGAAGGGCUUCACCAUGGGGGAACUGACGGCACAACCGGUAACAGCGGGCCUCGUGGCGAGCUUCUGCUACGGCAGUGACGACCACCGCAAGCCCUCACACUUCGUGGUGUACACCAGUGACUACCCAGUGACGUACGAGGAGUGUCCUGUGGGCAGGGUGGACCAAGGCCUCGACCUCUUCCGCUCUGUUGCCAAAGUAAGUAAUGUCCGCGAUGCCACCGUCAGUGACUGCGGCCUCGUGUUGCUUGUGUGACGACGGGUUGUCCGAAACGGCAGGGCUGGGACGCCUGCCGUAGACUACCUCGGUCUGGCACCGCGAAGCGUGGCGGGGAGGCGGCUGCUCCCGGGACAGAAACUCGUCACAUCGCCCCUCCUAGCUCGAGCAAUGAGCACUCACUGUUGUCUGGUACCCACCUAAGGCCGCUGCAGGCGGCAACACGCUGACAGACACGGCAGGACACCCGCCCCGGUGUAUAUUGCUUAUACGAAUGUACUCAGUGACUGGCAAAGCAGGCCACGUGUCUGUGUGUGUGUGUGUGUUCCCAAAUUGUCUUGGCACAGCUGUCAGGGAGCUGUGCCUCCCUGGUGGAACAAACAAGUACAGCAACCAAGGAAGCAAGGCCCUCCGUGCAUUCCUGUGGCGGAGACCCUGCCGAAACAGACACAAGCUCACCCUGCCCUGCCGUUCUACAGCCAGACACACGUCACUGCCGCAAUAAGUAAUCCACACACCCGGGCACUGCUGUGUGAGGCUCAGAAGGCCAAGCCCACAACCUGUGGGUGAAGCAGGUGGUGCCGCGGCAGUAUUUCCUUCGCUUUGCAGCUGGCAGGUGACUGUGACCGCCCUCACGCACCCGCCGCCCGGCCACCGGUGUUAUCUCUUGGGGAACUUAACAGUUAUUGUUUCAGCUGUGUAGCGUCCAGCUGGCCGAGAGAGAGAGAGAGAGAGAGAGAGAGAGAGAGAGAGAGAGAGAGAGAGAGAGAGAGAGAGAGAGAGAGAGAGAGAGAGAGAGAGAGAGAGAGAGAGAGAGAGACGCAGUCACAGAAUUGUAAUAAAUAAUAGAUAUAUCAGCGUUGUUGUCUGUUGUAUAGAAUAAAUAAACAGCAUGUAUU